CGCAGUACAAUAGUAACAAAUCACCUUCCUUAUAGGUCCACACAGUACUGUACUACACCCCACGCCACCCCACCUUAUUACAACAAAGAAACCCUUCACAGCACCCAACACAUCCACAACAUGGAUCAUGACAUGGGCAUGGCAGCACCACCGCCAUCCACCAUGGUGAUGAUGAAGCGCCGCCAUUUCAUGCACAUGACAUUCUUCUGGGGGACAAAGUCUGAGGUUCUGUUCGACCAAUGGCCCGGGGACAGCCGUGGCAUGUACGCGCUCGCUCUGCUCUUUGUUUUCGUCAUGUCCUUCCUGGUGGAGUGGCUGUCCCACACCCGCUUUAUGAAACCCGGUUCCAACAAGCUCAGUGCCGGUUUGUGUCAGACCGUGUUACACCUCCUUAGAGUUGGUUUGGCAUACCUCGUUAUGCUUGCUCUCAUGUCGUUCAACGCCGGUGUCUUCUUGAUGGCUGUGUUGGGUCACGCUCUCGGCUUCUUCUUCUUUGGUAGCCGGGCUUUCGCUAAACCACACAAUGAUAAGAGAUAUGAUGAUCUUCCGCCAAUGUCUUGUUGAUUACUUUUUUUUUUUGGGAGUGUUUUUAUUUAUUUCCCUAGUUGAAAUAACUAUAAUUAGAGCAUUUAUUAUUAUUAACUUGGAACUAUUUUUGUGAUUUUAAUUGUGUGUUGGGUAGAUGGAAUUGUAGGUGGGGAUUAAGAUCCAGAUCCAGAUCCAGAUCAAAUUUCACGUAUACUUGGUUACCCAUGGUCACUCAUAUAGUACAGUCUUAUAGUUGUAAUAAUGGAUAGAAACUCUUAUUGUUAUGUAAUGUCUACGGUUUGGACCCAUCGUCCUUAAAACAAAUUUCCCUCAAAUGUCAUUCACUGUAUGUGCACACUGCAUGCUCAACUCUAAUGGGCUCAACAUUCCCCCUAGCCCAAAAUCUACCGGUGUUCUACGAUUUUCUCUUUAAUAAGUCAAGUAUUUUGUUGGAUUGACAA